AUGUGGGUGCACACUGCACUCGCGACGCUCCUCCUCUUCGCCGUCCUUGGCGCAGCCUCGCCAUACAGGGAGGAUCUCAUCGACUACAACGUCAACACCAACAAAACCGCCACUGCCGUUAUCCAUUACUCGUAUCCAACCCGCGACAAGUACACUGCCUCGCCCUCCAACUGGCGCGCGCUUCCGUUCUACACCAUCCUACUGGACAAGUUCGCAGACGGAGACCCAGCAAACAAUGACUACUUCGGUACCAUGUACGAGUGGGAUUGGAGGGAAACGCAGUUGCGUGCCGGCGGCGAUCUUGCAGGCAUGCGCGCCCGGCUGGACUACCUGCAGGGUAUGGGCGUGAAGGCGAUUUACAUAUCCGGGACGCCGUGGCUAAACAUGAUCUGGGAAGCGGACAGCUAUUCUCCUCUCGAUUUUUCCGUCAUCGAUCCACAUUAUGGUACCAUCGCCGACUGGCAAGACGCGAUUCAGGACAUUCAUGACCGUGGCAUGUAUAUAAUGUUAGACUUCACGGUUGGAACCAUGUCGAAUGUCGUCGGUUUCAAAGGCUACGAGAACGUGUCUGCGCCGUUUAACAUUGAGGAAUACGAGGCUGUUUGGUUAGAUCCGGACUACUCGCCAUGGGGUUUCGAACGUUAUGUCGACUUCUCGUUCGAUAACAAGUACAAUGACUCCUGUGUCAUGCCCGUGUUCUGGGGAGAGGAGGGAACAAUCGACGACAUCGACUGGGACGGAGGUUGUUAUGCAUCGGAAUUCGACCAGUACGGAGACAUGGAGGCCUUCGGUGUUCACCCCAACUGGCAGCGUCAGCUCUCCAAGUUCGCUUCAGUGCAGGACCGUCUUAGAGAAUGGAAUCCGGACGUCAUGGCUAAGCUGACGACUUUCUCGUGUAUGGCACUCACCGCGUUGGAUUUCGAUGCCAUUCGUAUCGAUAAGUCGACCCAGAUGACUGUAUCUGGACUGGCAUCUUGGACAUCAACGACGCGCGAGUGUGCGAGGAAGCUGGGCAAGGACAACUUCAUGAUCUACGGCGAGGUGACCGGUGGCGACUAUUUCGGGGCGCUCUACUACGGCCGUGGACGAACUCCUACCGAGCGUCCCGCAAACAUCGAUAUCGCUGCCAACCUGACGGAAGAUGACAACCAGUACUUCGUCCGUGAGCAAGGCGAGGAGGGCAUCGACGGCGCGGCAUUCAUGUACUCUAUCUAUCGUGAUCUCACGCGCUUCCUCGGCAUGGACGGUGACUUGGAGGAUGCUUACGAUCUCUCGAUGGAAUUCGUCGACGCAUGGGAUCAGAUGUUUGUCAACGACGACAUGCUGAACCCGAACACGGGCGAGUUCGACCCGAGGCAUCUGUUUGGUGUCAGCAACUUCGAUAUCUUCCGCUGGCCGAGUCUGGAGAAUGGCACGGAGCGCCAAGUCUUGGGCUCAUUCAUCGCUAACUUACUUAUGCCGGGUGUACCAUUGUUAUUUUACGGGGAAGAACAGAACUUCUAUUUGUACGAUAACACUGCCAACAACUAUCUCUACGGUCGUCAAGCCAUGUUCAGCAACACUGCGUGGAAACGACAUGGGUGCUACACGCUCGGUUCUUCGCAAUACUACUAUAUGCCUCUUGGACGGUCUCUCCUUGGCUGCCACGAUGACUGGAACGCACUGGACCACUUUGACCCUACGACUGCCACGCGCCGUCUCUUCUCGCAGUUCCUGUACUUGCGCACUCAAUAUGCUGCCCUUCAGGACGGUUGGUAUCUCGUCGCGCGCGGGAAGUGGACUUAUUACAUCGAGCGUCCUGGCUCGAACGGCACCGCCACUGAGAUGGGUCUCUGGUCAGUCUCGCGUGCGGGCUUGCCAGACUACCAGAAUCUCACUGGGGACCACGCGGGAGAAGUGUGGCUUCUCUACUCUAAUGAGAACAGCACGAGAACAUGGAGCUACGAUUGUUCCAGCGACCUGUACCUUGCGUCUCCGUACGAGGGUGGCAAGACGGUGAAGAACCUGUUCUACCCGUAUGAUACGGUCGACCUCGAAGAUUCAUCUUUUUCCUAUUACAAUGACAGCAAAUCCCCGUAUUUCGGGUGUCUGCCUAACAUUACCAUGCCGCCGUUCGGGUACAAGGCAUACGUUCUGGAAGAGGACUGGGUCUCGCCGCUCCCUGCGCUGUCAGGUUUUACGCCGGGCCACGAUGCGCGUAUAAUUGCAAACUCAAUUUCGGCCAAUUCGUCGAUCGACAUUUCGCUCGAGUUCACGCUGGAGAUGGAUUGCGAUAGCGUAACAAAGUCCAUCUCGCUUAAUAUGUCUACUUCUGGGAACGGAACGACACCGUCGAUCGUCACGUCCUCUAUCUCAUGCGGCGCAAUGACUGGCACACAGCCGGUUGAGGUGCAGGGUGUUGCACUCUCACAGUGGAAAUGGUCAGCAACGCUUCAGGAUGUGCCCGAUGGCAUUCUUGAGAUCACCAUCGAUGACCCUUCUACGAAUGAUGGCACAGCUUCUACAAACGCCACGGACCACCUGCUGCUGCGCAAGGGUGCAUCCAACAACAUUCUCGUCAACGCAGAUGCUACUUACGACUCCGGCGGUCUGCAAUACGACAAUGGGAAGUAUACCUUCACGCACAAGGCGCUAGGUGCGGACAUGUUCCGGUACUCUUGGAACUUCGCCCAGAACUGGACCAAGUGGCAGUCGUGGGAGGAUACAACGACUAUCGACGCGGAUCUAUUUGAUAGCUCGGAGAACUGGUGGGAGGGCCAGCACAUCAUGGUACAAUAUUGGAGCUAUCUGGCACAGACGUCGAGUGUAGUCGUGCACUCCGACCAUGACUGCAAUACACCCCGUCGAGUACCGCAAUUCCUUGUCCGCGGCGAGUACAACACGUGGGGCUACGACAAGGGCCUCAAUUACGAGAUGGCUCAGAACGCCGACAGCGGAUACUGGGAGAUGGAGAUUGCUUACAUCUGGCCUUCAUACGUGCAGUUGAACGUUUUCGGUUUCGACAAUUACUUCUAUGGAGAUGUCGACGGAGAUGGUGUCUUGGACCGGCUGCCACCAAACACGCUAUCGCCUAACUAUCUGAACAUGUCUGCUCCUCCACACCCGUAUGUGGCCUGGAACCUGGUUGUCGACGAUGCGACCCUUAAAUGGUGGCUGGAACCUGUGGGAGAAUCGGCGGUGGGUGCGACCGUGUUCGCCUUACUUCUGACAAUCCCGAUCAUCACGGGUACUGUCGCUGUCGCGGUCUUCAUGUGGUCGUUCUAUGGCAUCAAGUAUAACAAGUGGGGUGUGAAGCCAAACAAGGACCACAACAACUAUUUCCCCAUCAUUGGCUAUCUUGGUAACAAGUCAAAGUCUAACCUGACGGAGCCGCACACGCCUCUGACGGAGAAGGUGUUUGGGCACAAGCAGCACGAGAUUAUCGGCUGGCCGGAGGACAAGAACAAGCGUCGCAAGGUGCUCAUUGCAACUCUUGAGUACGAGAUCAUCGACUGGAAGCUCAAGGUCAAGAUCGGUGGUCUCGGUGUCAUGUCCAGUCUUAUGGGUAAGGCCAUGACUGACGUCGACCUCGUGUGGGUUGUUCCUAAGGUCAAGGAUCUGGAAUAUCCGCCUGGCGAGCCGGCUGAACCCAUCGAGGUCAUCAUCUUCGGCGAGCCGUACUUAAUCGAGGUUGAGACGCAUGUCUUGGACAACAUCACUUAUGUCCUUCUCGACAGUCCAGUGUUCCGUGCUCAAACGAAAUCCGAUCCCUACCCCGCUCGUAUGGACGAUCUCAGUUCCGCCAUCUUCUACUCAACGUGGAACCAAGCGAUCGCUGCCACUAUUCGCAGGCACUCUGAUAUCGAUAUCUACCACAUCAAUGACUACCACGGAGCACUCGCGCCGAUCUAUCUUCUGCCGAAGGUCAUUCCUGUCUGUCUGUCACUCCACAAUGCCGAGUUUCAGGGUCUUUGGCCUCUUCGCACGAAAGAAGAAAUGAAGGAGGUUUGCUCUGCGUUCAACAUCAGCAAGGAGCACUGUACGAAAUAUGUGCAAUUCGGCAACACGUUCAACUUGCUGCAUGCAGGUGCUUCUUUUAUCAGUGUCCAUCAAAAGAGCAUCGGUGUUGCUGGUGUAUCCGACAAGUACGGCAAGCGCAGUUGGGCUCGGUAUCCUGCACUGUGGACACUCAAGCACGUCGACUCUCUCCCCAACCCCGAUCCCACCGAUAUCGCGGCAUUGGAUGAGAACCCGAUCUCUGUCCGGGACAUCAAGAUCGAUCAGGUUGCGGAAGCGGAGCGUCCUGAGCACAAACGUCAAGCGCAAGAAUGGGCUGGAAUCAAGCAGGAUCCUAAAGCUGACUUGUUCGUCUUCGUCGGUCGUUGGUCCAAGCAGAAAGGUGUUGAUCUCAUUGCGGAUGUUAUGCCAUCACUACUUGAGAAGCGUCCUUCCAUUCAGCUUAUCGCUGUUGGCCCCGUCAUCGAUUUGUACGGCCGGUUCGCAGCCGAGAAGUUGGCCCGCCUGAUGGAAUUAUACCCUGAACGUGUCUACUCGAAACCUGAGUUCACUGCUCUCCCUCCUUACCUCUUCAGUGGCGCUGAUUUCGCCUUGAUUCCAUCCCGUGAUGAGCCGUUCGGUCUCGUUGCCGUUGAGUUCGGACGGAAGGGAGCUCUCGGUGUGGGCAGUCGACUUGGUGGUCUUGGCUUGAUGCCUGGUUGGUGGUUCCCCGUCGAGUCGACAUCAACGGAGCAUAUGAUGUCUCAGUUAACGAAGACAAUCAAGAUGGCUUUGAAAUCCACGGAGGAAGAGAGAGCUAUGCUUCGCGCGCGAUCGGCUGUACAACGCUUCCCGGUAGUGGAGUGGCGACAAAGGAUGGAGGACUUCCACCGCCGUAGUAUCACGAUGAGCCGCAAUGUGGCAGGUCCAAACGCUUGGCGACCAUCCGACGCAGAGGUUGCCGGUGCUUACGCCAUCAGCGAGACCGAUGACUGGAACCCUGAGCAGCAGGCGUACCCAUCUCAGCCAGAGUGGGAUACCCGAAGCGCGAGUGACAGCCCCGGGCUUCCUGGAUCCCCGGGACAAUGGAGCCAGGAGACAUUGACGCCAGGGGAGGGACAUCCUCCUGCACCUCCCCGACUCCUCGGCGAUGAGCGGAGGAAUUCCUCCAGAACAGACGUGUCCGAUAACGAUGAUUACUUCUCGCAGCAGGAUGGGAGCGUCGAAUCCCGGCCAGACUUCGGAAAUUUCCUCGAGAGAGCGAAUCGUACCAUUGCUCGCGAUCAAAGGCACGUCCCAGAUCCAUUCUUGGAUGCUGCGCCGACCAGACCAUUUGGCCCGCAUUCGAGAGUCUCAUCCGUGGAGUCAAUAGCGUCCAUCGUUGAUGAAAAGCAGAACUCUCCACUCAACAAAGCCAUUGCCUCAUUCACUGAUGCUGACGGAGGAGUGGCACAAGAGUUCGUGCAGAAGUUGCAGAACUUGAACGCUCACAAUUCAAAACACGAGCUCUCGAUCGAGAAGUUCCUCACGAAGAGUGAAGAAGCAUUCUUCGACAAAGUCAAGAGAGAAAAGCUCUCCAGUGCAGCAAGUAUCAGGUCUUCACGAAGGGAUUCGAUAUGGGGGACGCCUGCUCCAUCUACAUUUGAUCACUCUCGUCCUUCAUCUCCAAGCACUCAUUCCUUCGCCCCCGAUGCAUUUGCGACAAACAUGGUAGACUACAGUGGACCUCUUCUGAAUGAAGGCGACAUGCCUAUCAUGACGGGAUUACAAAUCGCUAUGUCAAGAGAACUCUUCGGCUGGCCAUUGUACGCCAUCGUGAUCUGCCUGGGACAGAUGUUGAGCGCAACAAGUUUCCAGAUCACCCUGCUCUCCGGGACAAGUACACAAUCCAAUCUACAGCUCUAUGUGGUUGGAGGCGUCUUCCUGGCCGCAUCUUUAGUCUGGUACCCGCUUUUCCGUCUGAAACCAUCCGUCUACGUGCUUUCGAUACCCUGGGUGUUCUUCUCAAUUGCGUUUUUCUUGAUUGGCCUGCCAUCCGUCGCUUCUACUCUAAACGCUUAUCAUUACGAUCUCGCAAGCGCCGCUACUUGGGCAUACUCGAUCGCUUCUGCAGCUGGAUUUGCAUUCUUCGGUCUCAACUUCGGGGAAGAGGCGGGAGCGGCAACAGAAGUGUGGACGUUCCGAGCUUGCGUGGUACAAGGAUCUCAACAGCUUUGGGUGGCAGCCUUGUGGUACUGGGGCUACAGGCUCGACGGUGUCUCGUCAGGAAACACGUUGCCUUGGUGGAUUGUUCUCAUUGUCUGGCCGCUCGCUGCCGUCAGUCUCCUGUUCGCAUACUUGAUGCUGUACGGCUUGCCAGAUUACUACCGUCAAACACCACCGAAGGUACCUCACUUCCUCAAAUCGCUUUUCCGCCGGAAGAUUGUGCUCUGGUUCUUAGUCUCGGAAGUCCUGCGUGACUAUUGGCUCAGUGGUCCAUAUGGCCGUAACUGGAGCUUCCUAUGGAAUGCCGACGUCCCUCAAUGGCAGACGUUCCUGCUCCUCCUUGCGUUUUUCGUUGUCGUUUGGGCAAUUGUCAUGGGAGCAUUAACACAGCUCAGCAAAACACAUACGUGGAUUCUGCCCAUCUUCGCCGUGGGCCUCGGAGCGCCGCGAUGGUGUCAGAUGUUGUGGGGCACGUCCUCCGUGGCACUUUACAUUCCUUGGGCCGGCGGAGCUGGGCCAUACGUUGCCACAGUUCUCUGGCUGUGGCUGGGAGUUCUCGAUGCUGUUCAAGGUGUAGGUUUGGGCAUGAUCCUUCUUCAAACACUGUCUCGGUUACAUGUCUGUGCCACGCUGGCCAUGGCGCAGAUCCUAGGAGCGGUUGUUGUGAUAAUAGCGCGUGCAACAGCACCAGACAACCUUGGUCCAGAUGGAGUUUUCCCCGACAUGAGCUUGUGGAGUUUCUCGGAUGGCUUGAAAGGCAAUCCACUCAACGCAUAUGUCUUCUGGAUCGCGUUGUUCUGCCAACUCAUCAUUGUUGUUGGUUACUUCUGGUUCUACCGCAAAGAACAGCUUGGUCAGUGUUUCCUGAUUGUGCCUCGGAAACAUCUCUGA